GUGACAGCCCUGACCGGAGGGGGAGCCCCGCCCCGCCCCCGGUGUCGAGGGACAGCCCGGCCGGUGAGGCGGGAAAUGGAGUCGCUGAGCGAGGUGGAGGUUGGGCCCUGCCGCCACUCCCGCUUCCUGCGCCCGCUGCGGGUUCACUACACUCAGAACGGUAUCCGGAAGGAAUGGGACUUCAUGAAAACACACGACAGUGUUUCAGUGCUGAUCUACCAUACCACGCGGGACUCCUUUGUGCUGGUCAAGCAGUUCCGUCCAGCUGUCUACAUGUGUGAGUAUGCACGGCAAGGUAUUCUGCCCUCAGUCGACACAACAUCCACUGAGGCAGAUCCCCGAACACGUACACCAGUGCAGCUCUUACCUGCCUCUGUUGGCAUUACAUACGAGCUUUGUGCUGGAAUUGUUGACAAGCCGGGUCUUUCACUGGAGGAGAUAGCCAAGGAAGAGAUUCGGGAGGAAUGUGGCUACAGGGUGCCGGUGGAAAGCCUGCAGAAAAUUACCUCAUACAGGUCGGGUGUUGGAUUGACGGGAUCCAAGCACACCAUGUUUUACGUGGAGGUUUCAGAUGACAUGCAUGUAGGAGCGGAUGGUGGGAAUCCCGAGGAGGGAGAGCUCAUUGAAGUGGUUCACCUCCCCCGGAAAGACUGGCAGACCUUUGUCUUCAACGAGUGCAUCCCAAAAACAGCAGGCGUGAAUUUUGCUUUCAUGUGGUUUCAGGACAGGAUUGCCCCCCGACUACAGGCCCCCAAUGUCUCUUGACUUCCUCGUGAUGGAGCAACAGGGGAGCGCAUCUCUCUGGAUUGUGGCGGAACCAACGAAAGCCGGCUUCCGUUUGUAAGGAGCACUCGGUGACAGGGCCUCCUGGCUGUAGGGGACUGCUUAAAAAUUAAACAAAGUUCACUUUAAAAUGUU